CUGAUUCUUAAAAACAAAAUGGACGCUGGCAGCGGACGUCGGCCUGUUUGUUUUCCGAUUUUAACCCGUGAGAGUGAGACUGAUGUCGAUUGACUUACACCCCAAGCCGAGUAAACUAUAAAUAUAAUUUGUUAUUAAUUCAUACCAGUCAUAAUUUGUUGAUAUUAAUUCUAUAACGCGCAACCCGACUAUUCGUGUAAGUCGGUUCAGAAUUCAGAUGCCGUCGUUUUAAUCAGACCGAUAAAAAAAUACAUAUUCGAUGUGAAAUGACCGAAGUGAGCAAGACGUCGGACGAGAUCCUCAACGAGCUUUUCGAUUCGAUCAACGUCCUGCAGAAAGCUGAAUCGGACACGGACGAUACGACCGCAGAGAAGAGGACGAAGAGGAAGUCGAAGAGGCGUCGCAGAGAAGAAGACAAGGACGGUAAGAAGUCCAAGAGGAGAAAAAAACACAAGCACAAGAAGUCCAAGUCCAAGGAGAAAAAGAGAGACAAAGACAAGAAAAAGCAGAAGAAGGAAAAAGACGAUAAACGGCCUUGUGAUGAGAGCCGAGACCAGUCACCACCCGAUGAAGCCCGGCCUGUCGACGAGAUUCCCCUGCCGCCGGCUGCCAGCCCGAAAAAAGACGACAAAGCGGAACUCGACGCGGCCAAAUUUGAAGACUCGGAAUAUCGUUCUGAAAACCGGGAUCAGAACACUGCCAAAUCGCUCAUCAACUCGACUGAAAAGCCUAAAAUGUCAAUUAAAAUAACUAAUCUGAAAAACAGCAACUUGCUCGAAAUAGCUGAAGAGAGGGCCAAGCUAAUAGCAGAAAAAUCGGAAGAAGGUGAACUUAGUACGAGCGAAGAAGAGUCAUCGGCAAAACAUAAAAAAGUUUCCUCCAGUUUGGCAAGUCUGAAAAGCUCUGGAAGUUCUAGUGCUCAUAGGGAUAGUUUUGGUCAUGAAAACAAUGGAAAAGCAGAAAAAGAUAGACGCCACAGUGAAAAAUCAAAUCACAAAGUCAGAUCGAAAGAGUUGUCCAAAGAAGAGGUGUCUCCUAAAAAAUCAAAAGAUGAAAGUGAAAAGUCGACUGAAAGAGACCCCUCAAAAGACAAAAAAUCAAGUCGAAAGCGUUCCCAUUCCAAGGAGUCGAAAAGGAGUUCUCGCCCGAGGAGAUCCAGGUCCCAUUCUAGAGGUCAUAAGCGUUCGAGGACAAAGAGCAAAACGCCGCCACGGGACAAGAAGCCUGAAGAAGCCAGACCGAAGGAAAAGGACAAGGAGAACCUUUACAAGGUUAAAGAAGAUGAGAAAGAAGGCAGCUCGAAACACAGGUCCAGAUCGAGAGAUCGCAGGUCCAAAUCUCACGAGAGGAAACGCUUCAGAUCGAGGUCAAGGAGCAGGCGGAGGAAAAAAGACGAGAAACACAAAUCCAGGGAUCGAUACCCUCGAAGGUCAAGAUCGCCAAGAAAGAGUUCAAAAUACCGAAGUGACGGGCGAAGUAAUAGUAAGGAUGAAUUUUUUAUCGAUAAAUCCAAACUGUUAGAAAUAGCUAGGAAAAACGCUUUGAAUAUGAUGAAACAAGGUCAGGUCGGCACUGAUUUGAACAAAGUCGCUGCAAUCACAGCUGGUGGGAAAACCGUCGAUGAGCUUACAGAUUUUUGCAAGCUAUUGAGCCAGAAAGAAGCUACAGGGCAGGAGUCUGUUAGUUCGGAAAGCUCGAGCGACAACGAGAAUGAAAGGCCAUUUCACCAUCCUUUUCAGCUGAAAGAAAGACCAAACAAUAUCGUUAUGAAUAUUAGAAAUUGUGCUGCGUUGCCUGUUAAAAGUCAUCAGGAAAAAACAACAGAACACGCACAACAGUUAAGACUGCAGUUCCCCGUUUCGAGCGGGCAACAUCAUAGAAAGACUGAGAGUGAAUGGGUACCAGUUGUUGGCUCGAAAGCCAGCGAAAUGAAAGCGAUAAUGCCCCCGUCACCAAAACCCGAAACGGAACUCUUCCCCCUUUCAAAAGAGCCAGCCGUCGAAAAUCCCACCAUCUCAUUCGCCAACAUCCCUCUGCCGCCGUCCCUCCCACCAGCCGAGGACCAACCCCAAGUCCAGAACAAUUAUGCUCUGGGCGCUGUCAUAUCCGAGAGGCUGGCGGCGAUAAGGAAACAGCAGGAAGUGACCAACGCCCUCUUACCCUAUCAACAAAUAGACUUACUCAAUAAGCAGGUGCAAAUGUGGCCUGGGGCGGAGAAUCAAGCAGGCUUAUUCACAGGGAGCACAGGAGCAAGAGUUUUGUCCCAGGCAGAGCUAGCAUCCGGACAACAAGCUUGGGCGAGAAAGGAUCAGCUCAUAUCUGCGCAGCCCGUCUGCGGUGGGAUGGGCAUGUCGCUGUUGCAGAAGAUGGGCUGGAGGCCGGGCGAGGGCUUGGGUAAGAACAACGAAGGUACGCUUGAGCCCCUGAAACUGCAGGUCAAGAUGGACAAACGAGGGCUUGUCUGCGCUGAAGAACUGCCAAAGAAGCAGCGGGUGCUCCAGCCUCCCAUCAAACCUCCAAAUACCAAAAACGGCAACACUGGCAAUGUCAAGUCAAUUGAAGGUAAACAUCCUGUGUCUCUCUUAGUCGAGUACUGCACAAGGAGGCACUACCCGCCACCCGUGUUCACCGUCUGCUCCGAGGAAGGACCAGCGCACAAGAAAAAUUUCAUCUUCAAGGUGACCGUGAACGGCAUCGACUACCUUCCGGCGUCGCCAAGCCCAAACAAGAAACAGGCGAAGAGCGAAGCGGCUUCCCUCUGCCUCAAAAAGCUCGGCCUCCUUCCGUUUGCUUCCUAAUGUGAUCCGAGUGUACAGUUUGUAAAAAACAUUUUCUUUUUAUUUUAAUUAUUUUUAUUUUUAAAAAAUGUAAACUUGAUAAAUUAGACAAACAAAAA